GGGUACGUCGGAUGGAUACACGACAUGCGGGACGUCGGCGUGGAAGUGCGCGAGUCCAACAUCCCUGGGGCGGGCAAGGGGUUAUUCGCUACGAGGCUUCACGCUGAAGGUUCUACCGUCUGCAUCUACACGGGGGUAGUGCUGCCCAACCAGCAGGCCUGGAAACUACCGGACAAGUCCUACCUCAUGAAGCUGGGCGACGGCAAGUACGUUGACGCACUCAACUGUCCCGAGGUGCUGGCCCGGUACAUCAACGACUGCAGAGGACACCGCGGAGGCUUCAACGUGCGCUUCGAUAAGCGGCCGCACGAUGACAGAGCUGACGUCGUGGCUGUGAGAGAUAUCCAGCCGGGGGAGGAGCUCUACGUCGACUACGGCCGACUCUACUGGCUGGCCUACAACAUGAUGCACAAGGACAACCCCGUGCGGUAG